AUGAAGGUUCCGCCCUUUACCGAUGACAUCAAUGGAGAAUUGGUUCCCCCCAACUUCAAGCUCCUAGUAUUACAACCCUACGAUGGCGGAGGUGAUCCCGAGAAUCACCUCCAUGCCUUCAUCUCAGCAUUUCGGUUGUACUGCGUCCCCGACGCUGUGGUCUGCCAAGCCUUCCCUAUUUUCCUGCAGGGUACUGCCAGGAAAUGGUUCUGGAGUCUGGAACCUACGAGCAUUUUCUCGCUGGACGAGCUGGUUGAUAGGUACAUCCACCGCUUCGUAUCAGUUUGCCCUGUUACGAAGACCUCGACCUACCUACUGAACAUACAGCAGGCUCCCAGGGAGUCUCUGCGUUUAUACAUGCAGAGGUUCAAUGAAAAAAAAGUGCAGAUACCUGACCAAAACGAGCAGGUGACCAAAGCUGCCUUCACCAAUGGGUUGAUCGCGGGAACGUUCCACACCGAAAUUCAUCGGGACUACCCACGAAUGUUUCGAGAACUCUGGGAAAGGGUGGACCGAGAUAUCCGAAAUGAGGACCUGAAUCACAUGAAACGGGAAGCCCAAGCAGCCCGCACUGGGCAAGACUCCCGAAGGAAGAAAGAGGCAAGCCGAGUCGAACAGGGCCCCAGCGGCUCAUCCAACCCAUUCCAAGAUCGCCGGAGUGUUUUUGAAAAAAUUGCGAAUGGGAGGUCGUCCACCUCGGACGCCGAUGUAACACCUCUCAACUCCAGCCGGUCUCACAUUCUGGCUGUAAUGAGACAAAAUCACCUCGGUCGAGACCCUCCUGAGAUUCUGGGAAGGAGGGAGAAGAAGAACCUCAGCCUCUACUGUGCCUACAACCUGGAUGUUGGGCACGAAACCGAGGAUUGUAACGAUUUGAAGAAAGAAAUCGAAAACUUGAUCAGGCAGGGAUACUUGAAGCAGUUCGUCCGCAAGGAUGGAGGAUUCAACCGAAGCGCUUCCCACCGGAAAAAUCGAGGCUAUCGUCGAGAAGACAGGUGGGACACGAAGAGUCAUUGCCGUGGGCCUGAAAAUCGUGGAAAGGACCAAAGGCCUUCACGAAACGGGUCCCCGGGCUACGGCCCUAACAUCGUUGGGGUCAUCAACACAAUUGCGGGUAGUCCGACGAGAGAGGACAGACAGAACUCCCGGAAACGGACCUACCGUCAAGUCGGUAUAGAGGCUGCCGAGCCGAGCUCCAGGCUAUCCGAGGUGAUCACUUAUGGUCCCAGUGACCCUGUUCCUGCCGCCUCCAGCAACCACGAAAUCCUCGUGAUUGAAGUCCUCACCAAUAAUUACAUAGUCAAGAAAGUCUAUGUCGAUCCCGGCAGCUCGGUAGACGUCCUGUACUACAAAACGUUUGAAGGCUUGAAACUGACCAAGGAGCAGCUUACCCCCGUCAGGACCCCUCUUGUGGAAUUCGGGGGACACGUGGUCCAUCCUGAUUGGAUGGUCUCCCUGAUGGUGACCAUUGGCCACAACCCCCACUGCCGGACCGUCCCUGUAAGUUUUACCGUGGUCAGAGCCGACUCCCCAUAUAACAUGUUGAUCGGUCGGCCCACGCUCAACGUUUUGAGGGCCGUGUACUCUACCUACCACCUGAGUUUCAAGUUCCCAACACCCGCUGGAGUGGCCGAAGUGAGUAGCGACGUGAACGCGGCCAGGGAGUACUACCUCGCCACCAUACAGGUCGCAGUCACCCCUCGAGCUGAAUCAAAGGCUGAGGGGAAGAGGCCGAACUUCCUCUCCAUAGGCUACAUCGAUCCCCAGGACGCCAGGAAACCCAGCAGGCUAGAGGCCGGGGACGAGGUGGAAGAGGUGGUUCUCGACGAUGUGAGACCCGACCAAGUGAUGCAAGUGGGAACAAGUCUCACAUCGCCCCUCAGGGAAGAAAUGAUCAACUUGAUAAGAGAGCACCGAAACGUCUUCGCGUGGACCGCUGAGGAAGUGGUCGGGGUGCCCCCCGAACUAUGA